CCUCCUUGUGGGGGAAUAUUUCCUUUUUAACCAAAUAAAAAACCAACGGUUGAGGGGGAUUGUACGGCAGAGAGAGCAACCCACGAUCGGACAUGUUUCAAGAUUUUGAUGGUUUUUCCCAUCUUGAUUAAUAUUCUUGUCUUCGUGAACAGUUGAUUUAUUUGAUUCUAAUAAAAACGAAAUAAACAUUUAAAUGUUAUGUACAGUGAAGACAUAUGAUUGGGUGGAUAUUUACUCAAUUGGGGAUAAAAUACCUUACCAAAUUACAUGUGAAAAUAUCCUAGUUCCCACCCUGAAGAGACAAACAAAGAUAAAAAAAAAAACUGUAAAUCUUUUUUUUUCUUCAUUUUAUGAAAUGUCUGAAUCUUUGGACAUGUCUACAGCUUCCAUGAUAUCCAAUUUAUCACAAUCGCAGACGAGUGAUAGCUCAGACAGUUCCUCCCCACCAUCGUUACCGAAAUCUAUAAUUGAUUCACCUCCAUUAACACGAAAAGAGCCAAUUGAGGGAGAGAAGACUCCAGCCAUUUUAAAACCUUUGCCCAUCAUGGAUAAUACAACGGAUAAAGCACCACCGACCUGGGCAUUUAUUGUGGGACACGCCAGAUAUUUUGCAAAAACAAGUUUACGCUUCAUAUUCAAGGAUAACAAUUUGCCUUUACUUAUAAAUGUUGUUUACCAUCUUAUUGCCGCAAGAUCGCUUAUUUUGAAACCAUCUAAGACUGUAGUUCGUUAUGUAUUCAUACCGCCUACAUUAUCAACAUCAUCCUCUCCAUUAAGAUAUCAAAUCGAACAAACAACAGCUAUCGCAACCGACUCUUUUAGAUCACUUGGUGUGCUUCACUUAGCAUUGGGUGUGGCAUCGGCCUUGGCUUUAAAGGACAGACGACAAUCAACGGAAAGAUCGGCUUUAUUAGUAUUAACACUUUCAGCGAUUGGUCAGACAUGGGCUCAUUUUGAUGCCUAUUGGAAACACACAGGCUCACAAUAUACAUACAAGGCUCUGAAGGAAGUUGGGUCUUCUAACAUAUUUAUCACCUUAAUUAGUCUUAUUGCCUUAUCAAAAACUGUAAAAAGAACGGGAAAACUUAUUUGAAAAAGAGGAGUUAUUUAUUACGCUGUGUUGCUUUGAUCAAUCCUUUGCUUAUGUGAUAGUACACGAUUGUGGAAUCUGUAGAAUAAAUGGCAAUUGUGAACUUCCUAAGCAAAGAAUUUAAUACAUCAAAUAAAACCCAUUUUUAUUA